AUGUCAUCAUCUUCUAAUUCUCUUCUUCUUAAUCGGAAACAAGAACCACCAACAAAAAACCAAGAAUCUUUGAAUUUCCAUGAAGAAAUACUCUCUGUACAGCAUCAGAUACAAAAAGAACAACACGCAAGUUCUUCCCCAAUGAUGAUGAUUGAAGAAAUUCCUUCCGAAAUUUGGCUUGAUCAUAUCUUUACUUUUUUGGAAGGAAAAAUUCUGUUGAAUACUUGCAUGUUCGUUUCAAAACAGUGGAAAGACGAUUAUUGUGUUAGCUCAAUUGGAAUGUUUGAAAAAUUGAAACAUUUGAAUUUGGCUUCGAACAAGAUAGAUACCGAAGGAUUUGAAGCCAUUGUGAAGUCUCCUUAUUUUUCAAAUAUUACUACUCUGCAAUUACAAGAAAAUCAAAUUGGAUUGGAGGAUUUAUCGAUUCAGCCUUCUCAAGUCACUCUGUCACAAUUGACUUAUUUGGAUUUAAACCAAAACUGUAUUACGACACAUGGAAUGCAAUUUCUUUCCACAUGUCCUGCUUUUCAAAAUUUGACCUAUUUGAAUCUAUCUAAAAACUCUCUCAAUGAACAUGCAUUGAAAUAUCUUGCCAAUGGAGUUUUCACUAAAUUGGAGACUCUCGAUCUCAAUGGAUGCUCAAUUUUAGAUUCUGGAAUUAUUCAACUUGCUUCUGGAAAUAUUCAUCAUUUAACUUGUCUAAAUUUGGCGAGGAAUGGAAUUGGUGAUUCGGCCGUUUCAGCACUCGUAAGCUCCACAAGAGUGUCUCACUUACAAAAAUUAAUACUGUCACACAAUAGAAUCACAAAUGUUGGAUCAUCUUCAAUUGCUUCAUGUCCACACUUGAAAAAACUCAAACAUUUGAGUUUAAUACGAAAUUCAAUCGAUGAGAAAGGUCAAAAAGCUCUAUUGGAUCGUUUUCCAGACAUGAUUCAUCUUCAAUUGCCACAGUUAUCAUCCAAACAAAGUGAAUUCGAAACAUUUUUCAAUGCCAUGGAUAAGAUUAGUAAUCGAUACAAUUACUGA